UUGGAUCCAUAGAAAGGCUGGCUUACAGUAGGUUAGGAGGGAGGUCUUGGGGGUGUCCUAAGGGAGCAGGUACGAUCCUAGCUUGGCUGCCAGGGGCUCUGUCCUGUCCCACCCUGCCCUGUGCUGUUCCCCACAUCGCGAGCGUCUACGCGGGAACAUGUAUGGUGAACUCUUCAAUUCCACCAGUGCCGCCGAAGUCCCGCUUCCAGUGCACACCAGCACGCUGUAUGGGAGCGGGACCCCGAAGCCUGUGAGUUCCUCUGCGCUCUACGUUUCCACAGCCCGGGAAAUCAAGGAGGGGGAGAUAAGCAAGCCAGACCUGCUGACUUACCUCGCAUUGUUCUUCUUCCUCCUGCUGUCAGUGUCUAUCAUCGUGCUCUUCAUUAACUGUCAGCUGAAAAACUCCUUCUUUGCCACUUUACCUUACGAUCGUUCUCUGAGGGAGACUAGAACUCCGUGGAAAACACAGGCUGUCUAACGUAACAGGCUGAAGACAGCUGGCUGCUCCUUUGACUUGCAAAUUCUUUGUGCUUACCGGAGCCUACUCUGGGAGGAGGUCAUAAAAGGCCCCCUUUUCUGUGACCUCGCUGUGGAUGCAAGGGAGGAGGCCUGUUUUAGAGUGGUCCCAGUGGACAUAAAUUCAUGUUCCCAAACUUCCCCAAGAACCGCUCUUUAAUGAUAAU